AUGAAUUAUGUUACGUUCAACCAGGACUACAGCUGCCUGGCAGUUGGAACUGCCAAAGGGUUUCGAAUAUACCACACCGAGCCAUUCUCAAAGAUAUUCACGGGGGAUAAUGAGAAUGUAACUAUAAUUGAGAUGCUUUUCUCAACGUCUUUGGUGGCCAUCAAGCAGUCACCCAGACAUAUUGUGAUUCAGAAUACCAAGAGAGGCACGGUGAUAUGCGAACUUACAUUCCCAUCUGCGGUCUUGGCGGUGCGGUUGAACCGAAAACGAUUUGCCGUGUUGUUGGAGGAGGAAAUAUACUUGUACGAUAUACAGAACAUGGGUCUACUAUACACCAUUUCUACGUCAGCGAACCCCAACGCCAUAUGCUCCCUAUCCGCUUCGUCUGACAACUGCUAUUUGGCAUAUCCACUACCAAAGCCCAGGGAGGAGACUGGAGAUAAGAGACCAGCCCAUGCACCACCACUCUCUCCAUACGUUGCACCGACAUCCGGAGAGGUUCUCAUAUUUGACGCGAAAUCAUUAAAGGCUGUAAAUGUUAUUGAGGCACAUCGAGCACCACUGUCUUGUAUUGCAUUGAACAAUGAUGGAACGCUGCUGGCAACCGCGUCAGAAACAGGAACCAUUAUUAGGGUAUUUUCGGUACCAGAUGGACAGAAGCUCUACCAAUUUCGAAGAGGCACUUAUCCGUCAUCAAUUUUUAGUCUAUCAUUUAACAUGAGCUCUACGCUGCUCUGCGUAUCCUCAAACUCUGAUACAAUCCAUAUAUUCCGUUUGGGCGGGCCUGUUACUGGUUUGCCGGAGUCCCCACGAUCUCCCGGCGACAAAGAUAAAUGGAGACGAUCCCGGAGUUUUGAUAGUGAGAAUGGGUCUCCUCCAGCUGGCAUUUCACCUGGCAGUGAAACGGUAGAUGUUCCUAUAGAAAAGAACAAGUCUAGUGGCACUUUUGGAAGCAUGAUCAGGAGAUCCUCGCAAAUGGUGGGCAAAGGUGUUGCUGGAGUCGUUGGAGGAUACCUACCCCAAGCUGUCACUGAAAUGUGGGAGCCAGCGCGAGAUUUCGCUUUCAUCAAACUUCCGAAAGGAGGAAUGGGAGUUACUCCCCGAAGUGGUCCAGUCAAAAGUGUUGUGGCAAUGAGUAGCAGUAGUCCCCAAGUAAUGGUAGUGACGAGCGAUGGGGGCUUCUACAUUUACAGCAUAGACAUGGAGACAGGAGGAGAGGGAAUUUUGGUUAAACAGUAUUCUGUCCUUGAGGGCGACGACAGUCUGGAGCCACCGCCCAUUAAUUAUGUGAGCUACCGUACCUAG